UUGUAUGCUCAGUGGAAGAACUGAAGAAGCAAAAGAAGCAGAGCUGGCUAUUCGCUGCAGAAAACUCUCAGCUCUGAAACUUGUGCUUCUUCCACUUCCACCCACCUAUUCCGCCAUUGUUACACGCAGAAGCUACCUAAACCCAAAACCCAUCUCUCUCCCACCAUGCCCAGAAGAACCCACAAGCUAUGGCGGCAUUCAGUAUCUCCACCUUUCAAACCACCCGCAACCCCGAAGUCUCACUGCUUUUCUCAAAAGGGCUUCUCAGAGAUCACCAGAGACAUCAAUGGAAGAGCGCUACAUGGAUUGUGCGUGAAGGGUUUUGUGCCUCUUGGUGUGUUCAGUUUUAAUACUUUGGUGAAUAUGUAUUCGAAGUUUGGUCGUAUUGGUUAUGCAAGGUAUGUGUUUGAUAAUAUUCCUGAGAGAAAUGAAGCUUCUUGGAACACGAUGAUAUCGAGUUAUGUACGAGUGGGGUUGUAUUCCGAAUCGAUUGGAUUCUUCUGCGAAAUGAUUGGCUGCGGUGUUAAGCCAAGCGGGUUUGUCAUUGCUAGUUUGAUAACUGCGUGUGAUAAGUCUGCUUGUAGGUUUAGUGAAGGGUUGCAGGUCCAUGGUUUUGUGGUUAAAAUUGGUUUGUUUUGUGAUGUCUUUGUUGGGACUUCGCUUUUGCACUUCUAUGGCACCUAUGGUUUUGUGUCUUCUGCUCAAAAGAUUUUUGAGGAGAUGCCGGAGAAGAAUGUGGUUACUUGGACUUCUUUGAUUGUUGGCCGUUCAACUAAUGGAGAUUCGGAAGAAGUUAUAAACAUAUAUAAGCGUAUGAUAUAUGAAGGAGUGUGUUGCAAUGAUAACACAUUUGCUAUAGUCAUUAGUACUUGUGGGAUGCUAGGGAAUGAACUAUUAGGUCAUCAAGUUCUUGGACAUGUUGUGAAACUCGGACUAGAGACUAGUGUUUCUGUAGCAAACUCUCUCAUAUCCAUGUAUGGUAGCUGCGGAAAUGUAGAAGCGGCCUGCUACGUCUUUGAUCAGAUGGAUGAGCGUGAUAUAAUCUCAUGGAAUUCGAUUAUUUCUGCAGAUGCACAAAAUGGGCUUUGCGAAGAAUCAUUAAGGCACUUUCACUGGAUGCGGAGUGUUAAUAAAGAGGUGAAUUCCACAACGCUUUCGACAUUGUUGACAGUCUCUGGUUCCUCAGAGAAACUGAAGUGGGGCAGUGGAAUUCAUGGCUUAGUUGUAAAACUAGGGUUGGAGUCAAAUGUCUGUGUUUGCAAUACUCUUUUAAGUAUGUAUUCGGAGGCUGGAAGGUCCAAAGAUGCUGAGUUAGUUUUCCAAAGAAUGAUAGAGAAGGAUAUAAUCUCAUGGAACUCGAUGUUAGCAUGCUAUGUGCAGAAUGAUGAGUACCAAAAUGCCUUGGAACUUUUCUCUGAAAUGCUUCGGAUGAGAAAACCAGUAAAUUAUGUGACUCUAACAAGUGCACUAUCUGCUUGUCCGAACCCUGAAUUUCUCAUUGAAGGCAAGAUUCUUCAUGCUCUUGCAGUCUUUGCAGGCCUACAAGACAAUCUGAUAAUUGGCAAUGCACUGGUUACAAUGUACGGCAAGUUUGGUAUGAUGGUUGAAGCAGAAAAGGUGCUGCAAAUAAUGCCCAACCGAGAUCAAGUUACUUGGAAUGCCCUCAUAGGUGGUUACGCUGAGAGCAAAGAACCAAAUGAGGCAAUAAAAGCUUUCAAGUUCAUGAGAGAAGAAGGAACUCCAGCAAACUACAUUACAAUAAUCAAUGUCCUUGGUGCUUUUCUGACUCCUGGCGAUCUUCUCAAACAUGGAAUGCCCAUCCAUGCGCAUAUAGUUCUAACAGGAUUUGAUUCGGACAAGCAUGUGCAGAGUACGCUCAUAACAAUGUAUGCUAAGUGUGGUGAUUUAAAUUCAAGUAAUUCCAUAUUCAAUGGAUUAGCUUUCAAGAACUCUAUCGCAUGGAAUGCACUCAUAUCUGCAAAUGCUAAUCAUGGCUUAGAGGAAGCUUUGAAACUUGUAGUGAUGAUGAGAAAAGCUGGAGUGGACUUAGAUCAGUUCAGCCUUUCUGUGGCACUUUCUGUUAGUGCAGACCUGGCUAUGUUGGAGGAAGGCGAACAACUUCAUGCCUUGGUGGUUAAGCUUGGUUUUGACUCAGACGAUUACGUUACAAAUGCUGCCAUGGAUAUGUAUGGAAAAUGCGGGAAUAUGAAAGAUGUUUUGAAAUUACUUCUGCCGACCAGCAGGUCACGAUUAUCAUGGAACAUUUUGAUAUCGUCUUAUGCCAAACAUGGGUGUUUCCCAAAGGCUAGGGAAGCUUUUCAUGAAAUGCUAAAUCUUGGCGUGAAACCAGAUCAUGUUACCUUUGUUUCACUUCUGUCUGCUUGCAGUCAUGGGGGUCUGGUGGAUGAUGGUCUUGCGUACUACAAUUCAAUGACCACAGAGUUUGGCGUACCACCAGGAAUAGAGCAUUGUGUGUGCAUGAUUGAUCUUCUUGGACGAUCUGGAAGGCUUGCUGAAGCUGAAAAUUUCAUUAAAGGAAUGGUUGUCCCGCCAAAUGACCUUGUGUGGCGGAGCUUGCUGGCUGCAUGUAAAAUCCAUCGUAAUGUGGAGUUAGCGAGGAAAGCUGCAGAACAUCUCCUAGAGCUAGAUCCAUCGGACGAUUCAGCUUAUGUUCUUUUCUCAAAUGUAUGUGCAACUACUGGUAGAUGGGAGGAAGUAGAGAACGUAAGGAGGCAGAUGGGAUCGAGAAACAUAACGAAGAAGCCUGCGUGCAGUUGGGUCAAGUUGAAAACCGAGGUGAGUAAAUUUGGGAUGGGAGAGCAGUCCCAUCCACAGACAGAGCAAAUUUAUGCCAAGUUGGGAGAGCUCAUGAAGAUGAUUAGAGAAGCAGGUUAUGUUCCGGAUACCAGCUACGCACUGCAGGAUACAGACGAAGAACAGAAGGAACAAAAUCUUUGGAACCACAGUGAGAGAAUCGCCCUUGCUUUCGCAUUGAUCAAUACUCCAGAAGGUUCACCAGUUAAGGUUUUCAAGAACCUUCGUGUGUGUGGCGAUUGCCAUUCUGUCUACAAGCAUGUUAGUGCAGUAGUCGGGCAGAAAAUCAUAUUGAGAGAUCCUUACCGGUUUCACCAUUUCAGCUACGGCAAGUGUUCUUGUUCUGACUAUUGGUGAGGAAGCUAAAUAAGAACCUCGAUAACACGGUACUGAUUAAAGAGAGCAUCGUUACUUCGGCACCAAGCAAUAGAUAGGUUUGAAAUCCCAAUUCUUCCAACAUGUAUUGGGACUUGAAUUCUUUUGUACCAUCUCUGUACUCUUAUCUAAAAUCUCAAUUAAUUUUAUGGGAACAGAAGUUGAAAUACUAA